GGGAAUGACUGCUUUCUAUACUUCCCUCGGCAUUCUUGUCUUAUAUUCACAGCUCAUUGCAGGUCUAGAACAGCUGUUUGACAAAAAAGGCCUGCCUUCCAUUCAACGAAUAAAUGGUGCUGGCUCUCCAAUUUUCGUAGCCCCUGCCCCAAUUUCCACUCCUAUUAUUGCAGCAGUUGCUUCUAUGCUUCCUUAUAAGUUGCCCAACAAUGACGAGGAAUCAGCAUCAGAUGCUCCGCGGCCUUCCACCAAAGGCCAAAAAUCCAGCACCAAAAGUUUCAUGAAAGAUCAAUCAGAACCCUGUGAUUGUUCUAGUCGAUAAGCAUUUUGGAAAAAUUGGUAAUACGGUUUUGCAGGAUG